GUAGUGGAACGAAACGGAAGAACACAGGUUGAACGUCAAAGGGCUGUGGAUUUUUCAAUCCCGUUUACAAAACUGUCUCCAACCGGACCUCUACGAAUUUUAGGAAAGCCAGAGGCCGCUAUACAACAUGGGAAACGCAGAGAGCGGCUGCGGAGGUGGUAGUGGGGACGAGGAGGAUGUCGAAGCCGAGAGCCCCGGGUUCGCGGAAGGCAGUCCGGCCUCUGCGGCCACGGGCGUCGGCGUUGCUAACAGUGGAGGCUCUGGUUCUGGAAGGAGUGGAAGGGGAUCGAAUAACCCUCCAGUGCCGGGCUGCGGACCACCUACCCCAGGGGUGCUUUUAGAGCAAGUCAAACUGAGGGAGGCGGCGGCCCGCAUUAGCGACUCGGGGGUCGCCAUUCCCGAGUCGGUCCUGGCCGGGAAUGAGGGCGUCCUGGUGCGGUGGCUCGAGGACCGGUUGAGCCGGGGAGAGGAGUCUGUAAAUGUGGAACAAUUUUGCGAGAUGCUCGAGAGCCGAGACGCUCCGCGAGAUGAGUGCGAAGAGGCCUUUGGUCAGUUUGACGCAGAGGGAGAUGGAGUGGUGGACGUUGAGAACAUGCUGAUGGCUCUGAAGAACUCCAACGGGGCCAAUCUACAGGGAGAGCUGAGUCACGUGAUCCGUCAACUCCAGGCAUGCACCCUAACCCCAGGAUUCGUUGACAUAUUCUCCAAGUCCAAAGACAGGUUGGGAGCGCACGCCUCAAAGAUCCUAAAGUUCCUCCACAGGAACCGUAUUCCCAGUAGUGCCAUCCCUUUCCCUGUUCUAGAGGGAUACAACAGCAUUUGUACCAUGAGGUCUACUGUGGUGCAGGACUUCCUAGAGUUCCUCCUUCAGAAGGAGAAAGACUUAGACAUCCAGUACAGGGCAGAGUUGAACCGGGACCCAGAGGUGGAUAAAGUGAAGGUGGUCACACAGUGCUACAACUUCAUAGAAGCUUCGUCCAAUGCCGCGGACAUCCACAAGAUGACCAACGGAGAGACUGUGACCUUCUGGCAGUCAGACGGCAGCGCCCGCUCACACUGGAUAAGGUUGAAGAUGAAGCCGGACGUGGUGCUGCGUCGCCUGGCCAUCGCAGUGGCAUCCAACGACCACAGCUACAUGCCCCAGCUGGUGUCGGUGGCCGUGGGCAAGAACCGGCGAUCGCUGCAGGAGAUCAAGGAUGUGCGCAUCCCCUCCAACGUCACAGGUUACGUGGCCCUGCUGGAGAACGCCAACAUCACUCACCCCUACAUCCAGAUCAACAUCAAGCGGUGCCUGAGUGAUGGUUGCGACACGCGGAUCCACGGGCUGAAGACCCUGGGCUACCAGAUCACCAAGAGUAAAGAGGUGUCUGUGUCUGAUGCCUCGGCUAUCUGGUACCUGUCACUGCUCACCUCCCUGGUCACAGCCUCAAUGGAGACCAACCCUGUCCUGGCACAGACUGUCCUACAUAGCACACAAAAAGCCUUAAAGCACAUGCCACCACUGUCCUUAACACCGUCGUCCACCGAGUUCCCCAAGUUCUUCUCCAUGAACAUCCUCGAGGAGGUGGACGGGUUCCUGCUCAGAAUAGCAGAUUGCUGUGUGACCCCUGAUGCAGAACUGACCCUGUUGGCCUUUGCCCUGGCCCGGGGCAGUGUGGCUAAGAUCCUCCAAUCCCUGUCUGGUAUCAGUGAGCACCUGGAGGCAGAGUACAGAGCCUCGUCCCUCAUCUCCUCCAUGGCCUCAGUCAGACUGCGCCUGCUCUAUCGCAACGGGAAGACCCUUCAGUUGCACCUGCAGGCCUGUGAUGUGAAGGGCAAAGAGGAGAAGUCGGGACCAGAGAACAUGCUGACUGAAUCCGCCGCCACUGGAGACGGGUUUCUUACAGAAAGUGGUAAGAAGAGAGCUAGCGUGAUCCUGUCUACAGAAGACCAGAGCAACUUCCAGGUCACUCAGAUGAAGGUUAAAGUCCGUAAAGGUGCCAUUGGAGCAAAGUGUGGCCUGGUGUUUGCCUACAGUGAAGGAGACACCUUUGAUGCAGAAAAACACUUCAAGAGGUUUAAGAAGUAUGACUCCUGGAACUACAAGGACUACAAGGAGUUUGUGCAAGACAAUCUGAGGAUUCCACUGCAGGCGGAGGAUGAGCCCAUUGGCUGGUUUGAGCUGGAGGAUGACUGGAACGAUGUGGAGAUCAAACUGCAGACUUGUCGCGUUGCAAGGUUCCUGAUGGUGAAGUUCCUGUGUGCGCGGCAGGACAGUGCAGAGCGUCUGGGCGUCCAGUCCCUGUCCUUCAGUGGAUACCUGUGUCCCGGGGCCGAGAGGCUGGAUGAUCUGGACGACCUGAGCCCACAAGGAGAUGGCUCAGAGGGGGACAUGGUCACUGGACUCACCCUGCUCAAGAAGACCCUCUUCUUCAUCCAGCAGCUCACACGAGACAUGGUACCCACUGUCAGUAGUACCCUCAGUCAUUAUACUGAUGUGUCCCUGUUCAAGCAGAAGUUUCUACUGGAUUUCAGUGGCCUCAACCUCAUCCUGUUCUGGAGCUUCUAUAACAAACUCCGGGAGAUUGAGGGAGAGGAGGUGAUGAAGAGCAGAGUGCUGGUGCUCCAGCUGCUCCAGAACUGUUUCGCUGUGCUGCCCAGCCCCAGCUCGCUGGAAUUCAGGGGCCUAGAGGAGAGCAGGGGGACUGAGGAUGGAGCAGUAACCUCAGCAUCAGCUUCCGCAUCCCCGUCCACAUCCAGCAGUAGCGAGCCAGACUCUGCCAGGGCAGUGUGCGAGCUCUACACCCACCUCUGUCAAAUUGUAGAUGGUCCGGAGGCUGAGGGGACAGUGGACAAAGCCCUGAGGAAGGAGGCAGUGAAAGCCGUUCUGAACGGAGCGGCCAUCUUCUUCCCAGACAAACAAAGCAGAAGAGACAAACUCUUCCACAUGAUGAAAAACAUCACAGAGGAGGAUCAGCCAGAGUCUGUGAAGUUGACGUUUGAAUCGCUUUGUAAUUACUUCAGUGACCAAGAUCCCAGUGGCCUUCUCCUGCUCCCUCCAAAAGGAGCUCCUUCAGACUUUGACAUCAGCCCCAUCCUCAGUGUCAUGGAGACCUUGCUACUGGUGGCCACUCGGGAAUGUGAGGUGAUGAUGGUGGAUGUGAGUGGCGGGGCCAGCAGGAAGGUGCUACUGUCUCUGUUCUGGGCUCUGCAGGGCAGCCUGCUCUCCUGGUGUUACCUGCAACUCAAAGGAGGAGCUGCUGCAGCCCCCACCGCUGCAGACCUGGCCAGAGAUAUUCUCCUCAAAUAUGUGGAUCAGUUCCUGGGCAGCACUAAGACCGUGCUGGGAGACCUGCUGCAGAGAUACAGUGGAGCUGAAAUCACUGACAAACUCAAUGGAUCCAUCCUGGCCAUGGCCACCAGACAGAUGAUGAUCUUCUUGUUGGAGCUGUGUUUCCUGGACAUCCCUCACUGUAUUCUGCUCACCAGUUUCUCCUCUCUGGUUGUGCUGCUGAAAAACCUCUCCAGUGAAACGGCAGACAUCUUCUCUAAGGUGGACCUGGAGAGCUGCCAGCAGCCCCAGCAGCCAGUGGUCCUGAGGACCUGGAACAUGGAGUCUCCUCAUAACUACGAGAACAGCAGACACGAGACCACGAUCUUCGCCUGCCCCGGGGCCACUUCCUUCGAGGUGGAGUUUGACGAACGCAGUGAGACAGAGAAGAGAUACGACUACCUAGAGUUCACAGACGCCAGAGGAGGGAAGGUCCGCUACGACAUGAAGGUCGGGACUGAGAAAUGGCCAAAGAAGGUGACGUUUGAGGCUGGACCCCAGCUGCAGUUCCUGUUCCACUCAGACAGCAGCAACAAUGAGUGGGGCUAUAAGUUCACAGUGACGGCCCACGGCCUGCCUGAUAUCACCGUGUCCUGGAUGUCAGACCUACAGCUCCUGGUGGCCCGACUCAUGGGCCGCCUGGCCUCCAGAACCAUGGCCCUCAAAUCACCCCACGAGAUCCGCAGUGUGAAGGAGCUUCCUGCUGGGAAGAUGGCCCACGUCCUGUCCUCUCCUCUGUGGAAGCCUGUCUUCAGACACGGACUCAUUGAAUCUCCCCACGUCCACACAGAUGAGGUGAUGACAUGCCAGCCAGGUUGUUCUGAUUGUUUCAUGAGAUUCUGUGACGACUUUGGUCACUGGAACCCGACAGAGGAGCCACUAGACAGCAGGACUCAGUUGAUGAAAAGCCUCAUGCUGGCCUGCAAGAAGCAGCCAAUUAGGAACGAGAUAGUUGCGGGGUGGAAGGCUGACAUGGCGGUGAAUGCCAUCUUUGCAGCCAUGAUUUACCACACGCCAGCCCUCAACCAAGCUCUCAGGAUCUAUGUAGCCAGCCAGGGUGGUCAGGCGAGUCUGAGUGAAGACUUUGUGCAGGUCUUCUCACUGGCUGAGAGCAUCAAAACAUGGAUGUUGGAGAUGAAGCAGCGGUAUCUGGUGGGCAAAAUGAAUGUCUCUGAGGAGGAGAAGGAGGAGGGCCACUGUGAAGUAACCAUGGAUGGUCUUGCUGAGAUGGUCCUUGGGAAGGCCAAUCUUUUGUUGAGAUUCCCCCCCAGUGGCGCUUCUUCUCGCUUGGACACCGACUUCUCCAGGGUAGCAGAGGGCAGCGCUGUCCUCCUCCGCUCCACCUCCAUAUCAGAGGGGGACUUCCAGCCGAGCACCUCGUUGGGAACCCAGUCCUCCCAGGCAGCAGGCUCUGAGGUGGGGGGCUGUGAGGCGAGGUCUGGAGCUGUGGGCCCAGUGCCUGGACCAGGCUGCCCUCAUUCUUUCAGGGUCCAUCCCCAAGGUUCGACAGCUUCUGACCCAGGGCCGGGCCCAUCCAGCCAGGGCCUCCUGGGAUCCACAGAGAGCCUGUCUUACCAGCCAGGGGCAGCAGAGCCUGCCUCCCCCUCCACCUUCCCCCGGAAGGCUCCCUCCUUCAGCCGGGGCCGCCUCCGCCUCCUCUCCUUGCGCUCUGUGGAAGAGCCUCGCUCUGCCCCCUCUAUCAAGGAACGCUACCCUCUCCUCAAACACAUCAUCAACUUCAUGAAGGACCAGACACUGACUACUGUCAGUGUCCGGCAGACGCUGUCCUUGAACAAGGCCCAGGCUCAGAGUGUGUGUAAGGUACUGGAGACGGUGCAGCAGUGUUUACUGUCCCUGGGGAAACCACACCUCUUCCAGGCCCCCUGCAUUCUGUUCCUACAGGAACUGCUGGCCUGCCAGAAAGACUUCACCAGUUAUUUCUCCCAGUUGUCUGGAAGUGGGCAGGAGCUGAGAGAGAAGGUGAGGAGGUCCUACCAUCGACUAGUCCUCAUGCUGGUGGAGGCAGUACAAGGCUUCAGCAGUCUCAACGAGAAGGUCCUGCUGCCUGCCCUUUCCUGUGUUCAGACAUGCCUGCUGCAUCUCCUGGACAUGAGCUGGGAGGUGCAGGACCUCCCCCUGUUCCUCCAGAUCAAACUACCUGACCUCCUCCUCACCAUGUCCCAGGAGAACAUCAGCGUGCACGACAUUGCCAUCAGUCAGUGGACGGAGGAGGAUGAGAUAGCAGACUACAAGAAGAACCGGGACUGGAUGGACGAGUGUGUGGACGGGAUGUUUGAGAAGUGGUAUGACAAGAUUGACGAGGAGGGUUCCAUGGAGGACAGGAGAAAGAUGCACAUGUUCAUAGCUCGUUAUUGCGACCUGCUCAACGUGGUGAUCUCCUGUGAUGGCUGUGAGAGGAUGGCCCCCUGGCACCGGUACCGCUGUCUGCAGUGUAUGGACAUGGACCUGUGCAAGACCUGCUUCCUCAGUGGUGCCAAACCCGAGGGUCACGAGGACGACCAUGAGAUGGUGAACAUGGAGUAUGCGUGUGACCACUGCCAGGGCCUCAUUGUGGGCAGCAGGAUCAACUGUAAUGUCUGUGAAGACUUUGACCUCUGCUUCGGCUGCUACAAUGCCAAGAAAUACCCCGACAGUCACCUCCCGACCCAUCGGAUCACCGUCUGUCCCAUGGUGACCAUCAGGAUCAGUGACCGCCACCGUCUCAUCCAGCCCUACAUCCACAACUACUCCUGGCUGCUGUUUGCUGCCUUGGCCCUGUACACCUCAGACUUGAGCAGCGAGAGACAGCAGGAGGGGGAGCCUCUGGGGCCAGACACCCUGACCCAGGCCUCCGGCCUGCAGACACGCUGCUCGCAGCUCAUUACCGAGUGCCUGCUCAAGGGACAGACUGGCAAAGGUCUGCGGUCCUCUGCCCUGCUGUCCCUGCUGGCCUCUAAUGAGUCAGAGAGUGAGCUGUGUCCUGAGUCACCCUCCCAGGAGCUCAGCAUCAACACCACCACAGAAGACACAUCCUCUCUGCCUGGCUCCACCACUGCUAUCUGCUCACCACUGCCCUCUAGGGACAAGAGUAAAGCCCAGGGGAAGGAGAAAGGGAAGGAGAAGGAGGUGCAGUCUCCCCCUGCUGCCCUGGAGGUGUGCUCCACGUCAGAGGGAGAAGGAGGACAGGAGAAGGGGAAGAAGAAGCUGGUGAAACAGGACACCCUAGACUCGUCAAGCCUCAGCCAGACCCCGUCUCUGUCCAGUGAGGGAACACUCUCUCCCGUGGUCAGAGCUCCAGAGUCGAUCUCAGAGACCAUCACCUCUCCAACGCCUGAGGACAUAGAAGAGAUGAGAGAGAUGAUGAAGGAGAGGGAUGAGAAGAUGGAGAAGACAGCCAAGGUGCCCAUCCAGGAGCAUGUGUUUGCAGAGUGCUCCAGAGAGAGGAUCCUGGGGCUGCUAGCUGCCAUGCUGCCUCCAGCCAAACCGGGCUCCACCCUUGCUCUGUCCAGCCUGAGCCCCAUCCUGCCCCAGCUCUUCAGGGUGGUCAUCUCCAAUGCCGGGUGUCUGAACGAGACCUACCACCUGACCCUUGGUCUCCUGGGGCAGCUGCUGCUGAGGAUACCACCCCUGGAGGCGGACGUGGCCGUCAGAGAGGCCCUAGCCGAUAAGUACGAGCUGCUCACCCCUGGAGAGGGGGCUGCCUCCGGGGCUGACACACAGGGCUGGAAGACCACCCAGCUACUUUUCAGCCUGGGGGCUGUCUGUCUGGACAGUCGUAUAGGUCUGGACUGGGCGUGUUCGGUGGCUGAUAUCCUGCGGAGCCUGAACGCUUGUCCCCAGUGGAGUGUUGUCAUAGCAGCCUUCACUGACCACUGUGUCCGGCAACUACCACAAACGCUCAAACGCACCAAUCUCUUCACCCUGCUGGUGCUGGUCGGCUUCCCUGAGGUGCUGUGUAUGGGCACCCAGUCAGUGUUCAUAGACAAUGCCAACGAGCAGCAUCAUAUGAUCCUACUCAAGCACUUCACCGAGAAGAACCACGCUGCUGUGGUGGAUGUCAAGACCCGCAAGAGAAAGACAGUGAAGGACUACCAGCUGAUCCAGCCGCAGGACUCCAGUGCUACAGGCUCCCACAGCCCAGGGUCCCAGGUCCAGGGCGUAGGUCAGGGUCAGGGACCCCCCCAGGCCCAGCUAACCCGCUACCUCAGUAACUUCACCUCCAUCAUCAGCCACCUGCUGCAGAGCAGUCAGGACAGCAGCACCCCCGACGCUGUGGAGGCCUCCUGGGUCGUCUCACUGGCCCUCAAGGGCCUCUACAACACACUCAAGAAGCACGGCGUUGCUGAGGCCCAGGAGGCCAUCCAACAAUCCGGUCUGACCCAGCUCCUGGUGAGGAAGUGCAGUAAGGGGACAGGCUUCAGUAAGCUGUGGCUGCUCCGAGACCUGGAGAUCCUCUCCAUAAUGCUCUACUCCUCCAAGAGAGAGAUCCACAGCAUGGCCCAGGGCCAGGAUGGGGAGAGGGAGGAGAAGGAGCAAGACAAGGAGCAUGACUCGGACCACUCUAGUUGUUGUGCCGACGACCCCGACCCCAACCGGCCUGACCCACUGGAGGGGCUCGACGAAGAGACUAAGAUUUGCUUCCAGAUUACCCACGAUGCCUUAAACGCGCCCCUGCACAUCCUGCGGGCCAUGUACGAGCUGCAGAUGAAGAGAACGGACUCCUUCUUUCUGGAGGUGCAGAAGAGGUUUGAUGGAGACGUGAUCAAGACGGACGAGACGAUUAGGACGCUGGCUCAGAAGUGGCAGCCCACCAAGAGACCUCGCUCUGAGGAGAGGAGCACCAAGGCCGUGGACACUGACAUGAUCGUCGUGCCCUGUGUGUCCAAGCCCAGUCACUGUGAGAAGGCUACGGAGGAGACCACGGUGGUGACUCAGAAGCUGAUCACCAACACGGAGACUGACCUCCAGCUGAGCUACGCCAAGCAGCGCCGCACCAAGUCCUCCGCCCUACUGCACAAGGAGCUGGACGCCCGCAGCAACCGCUCUGUCAGACAGUACCUAGUCAAGGUGAACCAGGCCAUCGCCACCCUGUAUGCCCGCCACGUACUGGCGUCGCUGCUGGCUGACUGGCCCCAGGGGGCGCCACUGAGUGAGGAGGCUCUGGAGCUGAGCGGGGCAUCACACAUGGCCUACAUCCUGGACAUGCUGAUGCAGCUGGAGGAGAGACCACUCUGGGAGAGGAUUCUACAGAAAGUGCUGGUUGGCUGCAGCCAGAGCAUGCUGGGUAGUUUGUCUCUGACAGCGUGUCAGUUCAUGGAGGAGCCUGGCAUGGCCGUGCAAGUCCGGGAGUCCAAACACCCCUACGACAACAACACUAACUUUGAGGACAAGGUGCACAUCCCAGGGGCCAUCUACCUAUCUGUGAAGUUUGACUCCCGCUGUUACACUGAGGAGGGCUGUGAUGAACUUAUCAUGGGCAGCAGCUCUGACUUUCUCCAGGAUCUGCACAACUUCAGCGGCUCCCCACAGAAAUGGACUGACUUCGAGAUCCCUGGGGAUACUCUGCACUACAGGUUCAUCUCAGACAUGAGCAACACAGAGUGGGGAUACAAAUUCACUGUCACUGGGGGACACAGGGGCCGCUUCCAGACAGGUUUUGAGAUCCUAAAACAAAUGUUGGCUGAUGACCAAGUGCUCAGCCACCUCCCAUUGGCUGACAUCUGGGAGUGGCAGGUGGGCGUGGCCUGCCGCCAGACCGGGAACCAAAGACUGAAGGCCAUCCACCUGUUGCUCCGCCUCCUGCAGUGUCAAUCACAGAGGGGCUGUGAGCUGACCCUGCUGAGGCCUCUAUGGCAGCUGUUCAUGACCAUGGAGAGCGGUCUGAGUCAGGACCCCACCAGUAUCACUGUACUGCUUCCCCUACACAGAGCACUCACUGAGCUCUUCUUCAUCGCUGAAGCCAGGGCCAUGGAGGAAGGCAUUCUCCAGGAGUACCUAUUAGCCCUGACCACCAAUGAACAGCUCCUAGCCCGCACAGCACUGGCUCUGAAGAACAUCGCAGCCAUCAGUCUGGCUAUCAAUUAUCCCAAUAAAUCCACCAAGCUGCUCAAUACAUCCCCCUGAGAAUGGAGAGAGAGAGACGGAACAGUGGAGAGAGAGGAGGAGAAAAAGAAAGCGACUUGAAGGGGUGGAUAUCCUCACAUCCUGUCUCUGCCAGCUCUGAAAGAGGGAUGAAGGGGAUGGAGAGAAAGAAAGAAACACCCUCUGAAUGUCUUCCUACAACAGCAGAACUGUAAAAGGGAUUCACUCCUUCCUUCCCUGCUUCUAUUCUCUCUCAAUCCCCAUUUCUAUCCUCUCUCAAUCCCCCUGUUUUCCCUCUCUUUAUACUAUUUUUACUGACUGGGGAGAAGGGGGGCUAACUCGACAACAACACAUCACUCUAUCACAAUCCUUUUGCCUUAGGUGAAUACAAUGUAUCAGCAUCGUGUGGGUUUCAAAGAAAGAAGAUAGCCUAGCUGUGUCUCUUUGUUUCAGAUUAAGAUGCUGCAGAAGCCCCUCUGCUAAAGCAAAUUAAGUGUGCCAAAUUUGUCACCUUCCUGUGGAGAAAUAGAAGUUUAUUUUCUGUUUAUUCUUUUUAUUUUUAAACAAAAGCCACUUUGGUUUUAGAAAAUCGGUCGCUCAUGGAGAAAGCGGGUCACCUUGCCUAGCUCCCCGAAUCCCUGUCUCUCUGUGGACAAUGUAGAGCAGAACUAAAAAUACAGCUACAGCCCAGAACAGGAGAGAACAUUUCUGUUUAGGCUCCUGAGCCUCAGAUUUGUCACCAUGGGGAGAGAGAACUGAGCUCCGACCUAACAUCUCCACUGUGUUUUCUCCACAGCUUCCUCCUUUUUGUGAGCAUAGAGGACAACUGUUUUUGGCCCCAGUGUCAUCUGUCUAUAUCACAGUACUUAAUUUAGAGGGUCAUACGGGGUUACUCUGGAAAUAGUCUCAUGUUGUUAUACUUUCUAGUCUCAUUCAUUUGGGAAACAGAAUGGGAGAUUUUGCAAUCUAGGUUCCUCUAUAUAUUUUAUUUCAGUAUAUUCUCACAGUAUAUUGGAUUUCAGUAUUUUCACGCAGCGACAUAAUGGGAGAAAUUGUCAUCUAGGUUCCUCUAUAUAUUGGGUUUCAUUAUAUUCCCAAGGUAUAUUGGAUUUCAGUAUAUUCACACAGACUAUAGGUAUAUGCACCUGUUGACAUGGUAAAAUGACACAGUGCAUGGACAUGGCACCAAUGUGGUUAACAGGAGAACUCACUUUUGUCGACAGUCACUGGUGUUGUCUAAUUAUGACACGAGUGAAAUGCUCGACCACCACGCACCACUGUAGAGUUGUCUGCAUGACAGUGGUCAUCUAUUGAUGGGGGUUAUAUUAUAUAUUCACACUCUGGCUGUAUACUGUACUGUAGCUUCAAAGGACACACAUGAGGGAAAAGUGUGUUCCUGACAUUUCUGUUCAAAGCUAAGGGAGAACAGGGUUAGUCAGCUGUGUGAUAUGAAGCCCAUUGUACAGCAAACACACACACACACACACACACACACACCGUAUAAUGUGGCUAGUUUAUUAUAGUAGCCUGGCGGUCCAUGCUUAAUGUGCCAUAACCAACCUCUAGCUUGUGUUCCUUCAUUGUCAUGCUAAAACUACUUGAGAAUUGUCUAUAACACAUACAGUAUGUGGACCUCUCUAUUAAAUAGUGAGUAUUACCUCCACAUAUCAGAACUAUGGAUAUUUGACCUGAAUGACAUGCCAGAUUGAGAUAUUGAUGCGGGCAUGUGAUUGGUUGUGGUCAGAUAGGUGUGUGAGCUUUCUGGAGUGUGAUUGGUUCUCAUCAGAAACAUAUGAACUUCUUAUGUUUCAUGAUCACAUUUAGAAUUAAAUUGUUUUUGUUUUAGUUCUUUUGAUCUUUUGUAUUAUUAUUAUUUUUUUACUCCUUUUUUCCCCCUUUUGAUAAAUUCUCCUGAUCAAAUAGAUUAAAAGACGAAUGCCCUUUAUUUUAAAACAGCUUCCUUGGGGUGAAUUGGAUCGACGAUUCUAUUGCAGUGUUAUUUAGUACGGUGAUGGAAAUUCAUUGCAAUAUUCCGAGUUCUAUUUUUGUUUAAGUUUUGUGUGUGUGGCAUAAUUUAAUAGGGAAGACGACGGAUGCCAAAGAAUACCCUUUUUGUCAAAUCAUUAAAUGUGUCUGAUAUGAUAUCUCUUCCAACCAGAGCACUUUAUGGAUGUGUUAACAUAACAGCUCUGUAUUGUGUGGAAAUAGGGGAAAGGAAGGAAAACUAUAAGAGAUAUGUUCUUUUUAUUUUGGAGGUCCUGUACCGUUAUUGAGAACAGGUUAGAGAGGGUUAGCUGGGUGCUUGCUGACGAUGACACAGGCUGUUGGGUCUCCAGUGUUUUUGUUUACAUGAGCGUCAGCCAGUGUUGAGCAUCUAAAAACGGCCGUCACAUGGCCACCAAGAUGACCCCCAACACGGGCUUCUCUUCCCUCCCAGAGAAUCCAGUUCAACAGCGCCUCACGUAUACUCCCCUACAUCUUCAUUUGGACAGGGAAGCUAAAAGUUACAUUUGGCUCUAUAUUUACGAAUUUUGGAUUUGAGAUCAAAUGUUUUAUGAGGCGACAGUACAGAAUAUCCCCUUCUGUUCGAGAUUAUUUUCGUACAUAUCUGUUUCAUUGUUUAGAAAGGAAAGCACUUAAUGUAACUCUGCAAACGUGUUGGAUGCGUUUACUAUUUGUUUGGGUUGUUUCUGUUGUGUCCAAUAGAAAUGAAUGGUAAAUAAUGAAUUAUUAUAUGAGUAAUGAAUCCACUUUAAUUGUAAAUAAGAAUAGAGUAGGUUUCUGAACACACUUAGGUGGAUGCUACCAUGAUUACGGAUAAUCAUGAAUGAAUCAUGAAUAAUGAUGAGUGAGAAAUUAGAGGCAUCAAUAUUAUAUGCCCCAAAAAAGACUAACUCCCCUUUUAUUGGUAAUGGUGAGAGGUUAGCAUGUUUUGGUGGUAUGAUCUUUGUUCCUCUGUAACUUUGUCGCUCAUCAUUGUUAACGAUUCAUUUAUGAUUAUCCGUAAUCAUGGUCACAUUCACAUUAAUGUAGAGGUGUUCAGAAACAUUUAUAUUCUUAUUUACAAUAAAAGUGAUUCCAAAAUCACAGAUUACAUUAUUUACAUUCAUUUCUCUUGGCCAAAACCAACGGCAAAUGCAUCCAAGAAGUUUG